AAAAAAACAAGUCGCGAACGCGAUCCGACCUCGGCAUUCGUGUGAAUCCAAGCGCCACACGACAGUGGUGCCGGCCGCCCUUUUUCCAUCCCACUCAAGCGCGACGAUGCAGAACGACGUGGUGCGGGCAAAUCUACUCCAGAACAAAGUCUUUGACGAGCACUGCGACGUGACCGGGCAGCUCCGAUGCGCUGCGUUGGUGUUGAGUGUGACAGCGUUUUUCCUGUUUCUGUACAUGGACGUAUGCCCACAAGAAACGAUUACAGUGCUAGCGCUGGGAACGCUCAUGCUUGCAUGGACAGGGCCGCUCACGAUCCUUGCAGGAGCCCACAUGCCGAGCGGGCGCUUCAAAGUGUGGCAACCGUUUGAAGGCGGGUUCCACUUUGUGUCGAUGCAAGCCGUUGGGUGGUGCUUGACAGGCCUCGUCUUGGCAGUGUGCUUAGUCUACCUCGUCAACUUUUAUACCCUGACGCGGUUCGAGGGACAGUUCCUUCUCAUUGGGAUCGUCGGCUUCAUCGCGCAGAUGGUGCUCAACGUGAGCUUGGACACAUUUGUCGCAGAUGCCCCAGUCCCCCUCGUGAACACGCAUCCCACGAGCACCACGAAGUCCGUCGUCGCGAUUCUUCUCAGUUUGUCCGGGUGCCUCUUCUUCGUCGCGUUCGACUGGCUGCUCCAAUCCCCCGUUUUGCUCUUUCUCGGCGCGCUGAUCUUUUGCGUGUCAUCUGUGGUAUUGCACGUCGGGAUCGGGUGGUGCGACUUGCCCGAGUUUUCGCUGUGGCAGCCAUUCGUCGGUGGCAACGUCUUUAUGUUGCUCCAGUACCUUGGCUGGAAGUUCUUUGCGUGUACGCUGGUCAGCACCGCUCUUCUAUCGAGCUCCGCUUCGGAAGCGUACUCCGGCAUGGCGUCGUGCAUGGGCGCUCUCGGUCUCAUUUCGCAGCUUCUCUUGCUGAUUUCGCUUUCUUUCUUUCAGCCAGCGUCCACGGACCCAGCCAUGACGCCCCGCCACCACCGACUUCCAGAAGAAUGCGCCGUCUGCGGCAUCGUCCUCGUCAUGACCGGUCUCUUCUCUCUCUCCCUAUACCACGACAUGCUACCUGCGGUGUGCCCGUUGAAGCUCCGGCUGCUUUGUUUGAUCGCUCUGCUUCUACUCGGUGCGGUGGCCCCUAUUGCCCACAUCGGAGGCGCGCGAACGAUCGCUGGGUACAAGCUGUGGCAGCCUUUUGUCGGCGGCUCCAAGUUUAUCUUUAUCCAGUCGGUGGGAUGGACUUGGUACGGUAUAUUUGUCGGCUUGGCCCUUCUCAUGCAUCUCAACAACACCUCGUUUCUCGUGCACUUGUUGCCGUUGGCAUGCCUCCUUGGCACGGCAUCAUGUGCCACGAUCGCGUUCUCCAUGCUGUUCUUCCGUCCCGAUUCUGCCGCUAUUGCAGUCGUCGAGCGUCAUGGACUCCUCCACCUCCUCCCGGCACUCCUCACCGUGAACAUGUCCCCUGAGCUGCUUCUUGGCCACAUGCUGUCGACGUCGACAGUUGUCUUGCAUUUGGUCGUCGAAGGGCUUCAUGUCCAUGGUGCCGCGGCGUCGUUGUGUUUAGCCCUGGGACUUCUCCUGUCGGUGCUCGCCAUGGCGACGAUCCACGUUUCUGGCGGGCGUCACUCUCCCGCAUACCGGAUGUGGCAGCCGUUUGUCGGCGGGAAUGCCUUUGUCUUGCGGCAGGCCCUCGGGUGGACGUUCUUCGCCGUUGUUGUCCUGUUUGACUGCGUAUGCAUCCUCGCAUGGAUACGCAACGACGAUGCCGUGGCCAGCACGGUGCAUGGCCUUGUUCUAGUAGUAGGGGCCGCGUCGCCCAUUCCGCACUGGAUCUUGGCGUCGUCGAUCUCCAUGUUCGAAGCUCCGACGACAUAUUCGGCCACCGCCUGUGGGUCGCCAUCCUUUCGCGUGAGCGUCCCUGUUCUGGCAAAUCUCGUCCUCGCCGUCGGGUCGAUCGUGCUCUUUUCGUUGGCAGAGUGGGGUCGCCUCAAGUGGCAAUCACUGAGCCAGGUCUUCUUCAUUUUUGGCACGAUGGCGUCGGCGACGGGCCUCGCGUGCACCCACUGCAUUUGUGGUCCUCACAUGCACUCCAACUACCGUCUCGUCCAGCCAUUCAAGGGUGGGCUUCGUUUUGUCGUGUUGCAAAGCGCUGCGUGGGCACUGGGCGCGCUAGCGUGGAUCGCGUCUUGCACCACAUUGUACGGCUUUGCUCAUUUUAUCCAGAUCGAUUGCCUCUUCUUGGCGAUUGGCACCAUGUUUAGCGUUGCCCAAGUUCUGCUGCUUCUCGCGCUAUACUGCUUCGAGAACGCGCCGAUUGCUGUCCUCAUGCAGUCUGCGGCUGUUCACGACGUUGGCCCAAAGCCGAACUUGGUGCUGGGGGUCAUCCUCGGUGUCGUUGCGUGCUGUGUAUUUGCCCUCGUCGACAUGAUCCUCCUUCGCUCGCCCAACGGCGCUGCAUCCACAGCGAUUCCUGCGUUUCCAACAACUGUGUGUGCGAUUCUGGCGCUUGUCGCGUCCAUUUCGCCCGUGUUUUAUCUCCAAGGACGCGUUAUCUACCGAGUCUUGGGGUGCACACUCUGGUCGCUCACGAUCGUGCUGGGAAGCAUUUUCACGUACACCCUGUGGUGCCAAGAUGACUCGGCUGACUCGACUUUGCCCCAUCCGCUGUACGGUGUCUUGACUGGCAGCCUUGGCCUCCUGACCCACUUAGUACUGCUGCACUCGAUGGCAUCUCCCGGUAAAACAGCGUUGCUGCCCUGGUUACCCCAUACGAACCACCGCAUGGCAGUCGCCGUCGGUGUCGUGGCCGUCCUAAUUCUACACUUGGAUCUACAACACGUCGUCGUCGACUCGUUGACGUCUGUGCUGUUUCACCCGCUGCCGCUUUUGCUCACCGUGUGCGUCGGUAGUUUCUGCGUCGUUGUCAUGACGAUGGUGCGGCUGCUUCAACCCACGAUGGCCGUGGCGUGCCAGUCCAUGGAUUUUCCACGAGACAUCGUCCACCACCUCGCAACAUUCCUGUCGCCGUCGGAAUUGGCAGCGUUGGCAGCAUCGUCCAAACACCAUCAAGCUCUCAUCACACCUGCGAUCUGGCACUCCAAGUUUGUCGCACAGCUCCAUGCACCACCCCAUGUGUCUGCCACGGUGGUGCCAGUCGAGAUGCCCCUGGUUCGACCAUCCACGCUCUUUGCCAACACUUGGAUCAAUUAUGUGGAGCGGCUAGUCCUUUCCACUCUUUUUCCAAACACACACGCAAUUUGUCGGAGUCCGCUGCUCGUGCCACCAAAUAUGAUGCUGCACUGGCGUCACGUCGCGAUGUUGGUUGGUCGCGGUGGGGCGUUUUAUCAUUGCGAAUUCUGCAACGAGUAUGCCGUCGUGACACCGUUGCAGUGCAUGUGGGAAUCCCACCACGUCAGUGACGCUCACAGCCUGUCGACGUGGGUUGCGUCGCCCUGCAGCUGCCUUCAUGAGGUAACCCAAACACGCAAGAUGGCGCAUCGGACGUGCCUCGAGCGCUGCCGCGCGUCUAUUUGUGGAUGCGCCCCUCCUCCACGCACCGAUUCUACCCAAGACACCCUCCAACCUGCGCUCCGCACGCCAGUGACUGUGUCCGAGUUCCUCGCCAUUGCUGUGUUUACUCGUCGGUUUGUCGUGUCGGCGAGUCCAUCGGUUGCCGUGUGUGCGAUGUCGGUGCUGCUCUGUGGGUCGCUCUCCGGUCUUGUCACGUGGACGGGGGGCAUCGCGAUCUUAGGAGCGAUUGUGCGCUCGGUAGAUUUUGACCGCGCCGUCGAGCAAAUUUGGAUCGACCCGCCGGCCUUUCCUGUCUACAUUCGGAUCAUCAACACGCUAGGAUUGUCGAGUUUUGUGCAGCUCGUGUCGGCACUGUGGAUCGAUCCGUCCGUGCCGCUCCAAGUCGCAUUCGCCAUCAACACAAUGCUGUUUGUCGUGAUGACGGUGACGACUGGCCUCGUGUUUUGGAAAGCCAACACGUACCUUCUCACGUACACGUCCCCAACGAACACGACCGCCGCCGUCGCGAGCCAUCCCUCGCCUCGACGCUCGUGUGUUUUGUGUCGCUUGCACCUGUGUCGAAUCACGUCCGCUUCAGUGCGUGAUCCGCCCCACGAAUUUUAGCGGUGGCACGCAUGACCACGGGAGCCAACCAACGAGGAAGAGUGCCAUGACGGCCACACGUUGUUAGGACGUCCGCCGUCGUGUGUGAUUAACUUAAUUCAAUAAAAUACGAGUGAUGCUAACAACGAGGGCGUGUUGCAGGAGCUCUUUGCGUUUCCC